AUUUAGGUCAUGGAGUUAGACUUAGAGAGCGGUCUAUUAACCGGACCGUUUUUUGAUCGCAACAUACAUAAAAACAUUGAUGUGUGUCCUUCUUUGUGUCGCCAUAGGGGUUCUGCCUUUCGUGGCGGACUUGCAGGCAGAUGUCUAGAGGGUAUUAUAGAGUUGUUCGACACUAAUGGUCAUCAUAUUACCGGAAAUGCGCCGAAUAUAAUUGCUCGAUUAUCGUAUACUGGCAAUAUAUUCAACCCUAAGGAGCAACCUGUAGAGCGGGAUGUGCAUAUAACUGCUGUUGACAGUAGUCAUUAUAAGCUACGUUACAUGGUGGAUAUCGCUGGUUCAUGGAUGUUGUCUAUUACCCUUCCCUCUGGUCCGCAUAUAGCAGGAUCACCUUUCAAAAUUGCAAUAGAGCCAGCUGAAGCAUCUCCAUACACCAGUAUUCUAACAUGCAUACCUCAAAAUGGUUAUCAAACUGAUCAAAAGGAGUUCAUUAUUGAAGCCAUGGAUGGAUUUGGCAAUCUGCUGCGUAGGGGUGGAACUCCUUUCGUGGUCACAUGUUUAGGCACGGGGAAGUUACUAUCAACUUAUGACUGUAAUAACGGUCAACACCGUGUGAUGUGUCAGACUGAACCAAAUAGCCAAUUCAGUCAAUUGCGUGUUACUCUGAUGGGUAAGGAUAUCGUGAACUCUCCUUUUGUUCUCUCGUUAUCGACUCCAACUUCAUCUUCUCCUUCAUCUUUGGAUCCAUUUACAAUAGCCCUUGAACGUUGCAAAUCAGUCUUUACUAAGCAGAUUGGUUUACAUCAUGCUUAUGCCGACAUAUCCGCAUCAUUGGUAAAAGAGCAGCGUGAAGCUGCGAAAUCGUAUCAUUCAACUCGUUUACAAAUUGUACAUACUCUUCCCGUUAAGUUUAACAUUGCUGAUCCUGAUACUACAUUGGCUGCGAAACGCCAGGAGAUGAUUGCCAAGCACCAGAGUCUAAGCGAGGAGAUUGAGGAGUUAUCUGCUAAGGUUCGUGCUGCCGAGGCUGUUGGUAAAGAGAUAUUGGAUGAAUUGGUGGAGCGUUAUGACACAUCUACCAGGUUACACAAGGAUGCCGUUAAGGCCUAUAAGUUUGUUCGUAGAGAAAUUGAUGACCGAAUGUAUGCCACCAACGCUCGCCAUCGUUUUGCUGCAUCUUUGCGCAACGGUUCUCCUGAUGCCAUUCGUAAGCACGAGGAGCAGAAGGCUCUUGACGAGGCUGUAUCCGCGUACUACCAGGGUUCAGACAAGCCGGAGAAUGCUAGUCAGCGCAUUCAGCUUGUCACUCGUCAAUACAUGUCUAAUGAGGUAACAUCGUGCAUUACAUCUACAACUCCUGAUAAGCCUAAUACUCCUGCAUUCUGGAUGAUGGAAGGUCGGUUCAAGCCUCCAAGACCUUCGUGAUGAAAAUUAU